GGGAGGUUACACGCUGCGGGCCGUGCCAAAGUGGCUCCCUCGCGCGUAAUCAUCGCUGUAGUCUCAGCCCGGUGUCUGUUUGCGUGCAGCCGCUGUGGCUCUAGCUGACCUGCCUCCUCUGCCUCUCCUCACGGUGGGCUCCGUCAUACUCCACGGUGAGUUGUGCCAUCUAGGGUUGGGGUCCACCGCUCUAUUGCGGUCUUUCGAGCGCAGAGACUUCGCACCGAGGGUCGCAACUCUCCAUCACCCCCUGGCUCUCGGACUAACAGAUAACUCUUGAGUUAUUAACUUUCUUUCGGAUGUGAUUAUUUCAUCUUUUAAAAAAAAAAAAAAAAAAAAAAAAAACUUUCGUUUUGUUUUGGAUGGCCGAUUAGGAGCUAGAGAGAACCAAGCACAUAUUGUGCUUUCCCAGACAAGUAACUCUACAGCACCGCGGGGAGAAAAUUGGAAUAAGAAAAAAAAAAAAAAACAUGUAGCAGCGCUCUCUUAAACAACCGCCUGGAAAUACAUAGACGAGCCCACACAGCAGCGAGCUGGUUAUUUUUACUUGGAGCGGAAACUACAAACAUGCUGUGAAGCUCCUCGUCGCAGCUUGGCUCCCGGCAAAAGCGCAGGUUUCCAGAGCAUCUGCUGGUGGGAAAAAUUAGUGAAGGAGAGAAGCGCGAGAGAAGAGGAGGAAGAAGAAGAAGAAGAAGAAGAAGAAGAAGAAGAAGAAGGAGCGAUGUGCGGCUCGGUAGGCAGCUGGUGUUGCAUUUCGUCUCCUGGAAUUAGUGGAUGAAUGGGAAGGGAGCGGCUGUAGCCUCGAUCCAAGGAAACAGAAUUUACUGUACAGAGCCUGCGGUGGCACACAAUGGAUACUUGUCCUUCUGUGAAGGUGAAAGAGUGAACACACACACACACACACACAGUCGACACCUUGCAACGUUCAUCUGUGGGAGGAGGGGAAGGACUUGGGAUUGUUUGCUGCCUGCAGGAGGAAUCCAAGGUGACCUGAGAGAUCCAUCAGAGGCAAAUGUGAAAACUAUAAAGACGUGGUGUUGGACGAUUCAGACCCCACCCUCUAGACAUGACUCAAUAUGUCUUUGGAUACCUGACCUGACAAAACCACCAAUCCUGUUACUGCUGCUUAUUCAUCGUGGUCUUUGUGAGUGAAUGUGUGGCCUUGAGGUGUUUUUUGAGGGACCAUAUGGCACAAUACCACACAGUAUAGGUCCCCUUUGUAUGAACUAACAUGGACAAAGUGGUCAUCAGUCUCCUGCUUCUGGGAACCGCAGUUACGAUGGUCCAUGCAUGUCCCAAAUACUGUGUCUGUCAGAACCUCUCAGAGUCUCUGGGGACACUGUGCCCCUCAAAAGGCCUGCUCUUUGUCCCGUCAGACAUCGACCGGCGAACUGUGGAGCUCCGGCUGGGCGGCAACUUCAUCCUCAAGAUCACCACUCAGGACUUUGCCAAUAUGACAGGUCUGGUGGAUCUCACCUUGUCUCGUAACACCAUCAGCGCCAUCCAGCCUUUCUCCUUCAUUGACCUAGAGACCCUGAGAUCCCUGCACCUCGACAGCAACCGGUUGACAGAGCUGGGACCAGAUGACCUCCGAGGGCUGAUCAACCUUCAACACCUGAUCCUCAACAACAAUCAGCUGAAUCAGAUCUCCAAAGCAAGCUUUGACGACUUGCAACAAACACUGGAGGAUCUGGAUUUGUCAUAUAACAACUUACGCAGUGUGCCUUGGGAAGCCAUCCGCAAGAUGGUUAACCUCCAUCAGAUGAGUCUGGACCAUAACCUAAUUUCCUUCAUUGCCGAGGGGACUUUUACAGAUCUGGAUAAACUGGCCCGCUUGGACCUCACCUCCAAUCGUCUCCAGAAACUCCCGCCAGACCCCAUCUUUGCACGCUCUCAGAGCACUGUGAUGAUGGCCACUCCUUAUGCACCUCCGCUCUCUCUCAGCUUUGGUGGAAACCCAUUGCACUGCAACUGUGAAGUACUUUGGCUUCGAAGGCUGGAGCGCGAGGAUGAUAUGGAAACCUGCGCUUCUCCUGCUAGUCUAAAGGGCCGCUACUUUUGGUCUGUUCGUGAGGAGGAGUUUGUUUGUGAGCCCCCUCUAAUUACACAACACACUCACAAGUUGCUAGUGCUAGAAGGCCAAACGGCUAGCCUGCGCUGCAAAGCGGUCGGUGAUCCGAUGCCAGCUGUGCAUUGGGUUGCUCCUGACGACCGUUUGAUCAGCAACUCCUCCCGUGCAACAGUGUAUGAAAAUGGCACCCUGGACAUUAUAAUCACCACGUCGAAGGAUUAUGGGACCUUUACUUGCAUAGCUGCCAAUGCUGCUGGGGAGUCUACAGCCUCCAUUGAGCUGUCAAUUAUUCAACUCCCUCAUCUUAGUAAUGGUACAAACCGUACUACACAAUCCAAGUCAGGGCUGUCGGACAUUACUAGCUCUACCAAGAUCAGUAAAGAGAGAGAGCCUAAACCUCUGCCAGAGAAGGUGGUGUCUGUAUCAGAGGUGACUGCCGUCUCGGCUCUAGUCAAAUGGACUGUUAACAAAUCAACCCCAAAGGUCAAAAUGUACCAGCUUCAGUACAAUUGUUCUGAUGAUGAGGUCCUCAUUUACAGGAUGAUUCCCAUGACUAACAGAGCCUUUGUAGUCACAAAUCUUGUCCCAGGGAUGCAGUACGACCUGUGUGUCCUGGCCAUCUGGGAUGACACUGCCACCACCCUCACUGCCACCAACAUCGUCGGCUGUGUCCAGUUCAUCACAACAGAGGAUUACCCGCAGUGUCAGUCUCUUCACAGUGGCUUCCUGGGUGGCACUAUGAUCCUUGUCAUUGGUGGCAUCAUUGUGGCCACUCUGCUGGUGUUCAUCAUCAUCCUGAUGGUGCGGUACAAGGUGACCAGCGGCAUCCAGACUAAUAAAUUACCCAACGUGAGCAACACAUACUCGCAGACCAAUGGGGGGUUGAACCGGUUCAAUGGUGUCCCACCACAAGUCAAAUCCACCGUGGUAGUGAUGCGUGAGGAAAUGGUAGAGUUCAAGUGUGGCUCCCUCCAGAGCAGUCUCUCUUCAUCCUCAUCCUCUUCUAACUCAUUAGACAGCCAAACAGGAAGGGGUGCUGGCGACCGCUACAGUGUGCAGGGCAGUGAAUGCAGCACCCUGCCCAGCAGUAAGUUCAGGAGGCACGGGCACGGUGCCAAAGCACGGCAAAAUCUGGACCACCUUUUAGGGGCCUUUACCUCACUUGAGCUGCGAGGGAUAGCAAGGGACCACCAAGGGGCUUCUGGCCCACCCACCACCUCCAAUGCUGUGAUGGCAGUGGCAACGGUACCCCCUUCAGAUAAAGAGCCCCUUCUCGGGAGGGCUGAGUCCACCACCAUGCUGGGCCGUCUCCUAGGCCUGCCCCAGGAGGGUAAGCCCAAGAGGAGUCACUCGUUUGACAUGGGUCAUGUGGGGGCAGCACAGCGUCGCAGCAACCACCCCCGCAGGAUUAGUAACAUCUGGACUAAGCGCAGUCUGUCUGUGAAUGGCAUGCUGUUGCAGUACGAUGACAGUGAGGAUGAGAAGCCCACUUUUGAGAGCGCUGAGUGGGUGAUGGAAAGCACAGUUUGAGUGCAGUUGCUCUGACUGUGAGGUCCAUGGCUAAACAAUGAAUCUUUAUCAGAAACUAAAGGAACAUGAGAGCAGAGACAGGCAUACUACUGUGGGAACCUGCCUUUCGGUAUUGCAUGAAGUUCAUCCAUGUGAAUACUGUCUAAGUAAUUAUGUAAGAAAAGACACUCAAGUCGAUGGAUGGAUUCCUGGCCAUGAUCUCUAAUCUCUGACGGUGUCUAACUGUGUAUGAAAUAUUGCUACCGAUUCAAAACAACAUGGAAUCUUAGAUUGUGCAGAUGGAAUAACUCCCUAACCACUGGGCACGCGAGAGUGUGUCUGAGAGAAAAAGAUGAAAGAUGAAGUCAGAGUGGAUUUACUACGUCUUCAUCACGAGAACUGAACACUCAGAGGAUUUGCCUCAAUUGUGGUGAACUUUUUCCACAUCACAAUGUCUUGGACCCUCAGUGUGAAAUAGGACUACUGCAACAGUAGCGAGAAGGACCAGAGGAGUGAACAGAAAAUUAAAACAAAGUCAUUUUUAUUUUCAUCUGGGUUUUUCUAUCAUUUUCACUAUUUAUUAUUUGAGGUGCUCCAUCAGCAGGCAGAGGCAAAGCUCUUUCAUAAGGUUGUAAUUGUCAGCGAUCAAAAAACAGCCCAACGUGCAGCAAUUUCAUUUAGUUCAACAGUACUUUCAGUGACAUUUCAAUCACAAAUUGAAAACAUGGCUUAUUUCAAAUAAAAUUUUAUCCCCAUGCACUAAAUUUUGGCAACACUGAACCACAACAAGCCAGUCUUGCGUUUCUACCUCAGGUUAUGUAUCAUAUGAGGUUAUUUAUGAAAUAAAGCAAGUGGAAGUGAAACAAAACUCAAAUGCACAAGAUGGGUCAAAAACAGCUCGAAACACGAUGUCUGCAAUUGUUUCAAAGGAUGAUUUAGUCUCCAGCCGAUUAAUUAGAGCUCAGGUUGAAUGUCUUCUGUGACAAAAUGUCUUUUUAAUUGCUCUGAUGCACUCUCCGUUGGUGAAUUCUGGUGACAGUGGUCCCUGUAGGCUAAAAGGCCAUUGAUGGAAACAAAGUGUUUGCCUCAGGGUUUGGUUUCAGAUAUCAGCACAUAUUACAUUCGUCAGACGGGAGUAGUCUUUGAAAUCUAUCAACCCCGAUAAAUCAUUUGCUUAAACCUACAGCAGGGUGUACUAUUCAGCUGCCAUUCUCAUUUGGUAACACAAAUAAAAGAGGAAUACAAUUAUCCAUUUAGCCUGGUUAAAUGGCGGAAUGAGACCAAAUUUAGGUUUAUUAACUUGAUAAAGAGGCGGCAUUAACGGGAGAGAAUGGUAGCAAACUCACUUUUUCAAGGGCCAAACAGCUGAAAACUCUGGAAAUCUAUUACACCAGAUUGCAUGCUACAGAGCCUUCUUGGUUUAUGUAUUAUUUGUCUCGAUUCAUCAAAAGACCCAUUUAUCGUUCAGUCAUGUUCACAAAGAGCUGUACAUUGCAGUAAGAUACUGUGAAUUAAUAGUUUUACAGAUUUCUGCCUAUGAUCAGUUGAGACAUCCCUACACACUUGCCUUUCUCAAUAUCGUGUGGACCUCUGCUGCAUUUCAAGAUGUGGGGUAGUCAUAUUUUUUUUUUAAUCAUUAUUAUGGUUUUCUUCCCUCGGUGUACUGUUCUGUAUAUUGGCAUUUUUUUUGUACAAUAACCAGGUGAGAAUGUAAAGGGAGGGAAUCGUGCAGUAAUAUUAUUAUUUUCAUGUGAAGCAAACAGUGAGAAGGUGCUUUACUGUGGUGUACCAACUUGGUCAUUGUUAGUUGGCUUACUGAAACAGGAUUUUAUAUGAUACAACAGGAAGUGGAGGACUGGCGGGUUUUUCACGGGUCAGUUCAAUCGAAUUACAUAAAAACAUAUUUUCUGACUUACAUUUUGUGGUGGUCAACCAUGCAGACAGACUUGGAUUAAUUUGUUCAGGUUCUGAGAUGCCCUUCUAUGAUAUUUCCACCUCUAUCACAAUACAGUGGGGAUGACACCACCAUCCAUACCAUAGCAGCUUUAUCUUUAGUAUAUUUGGUAUAAGGGCCAGAAUACAGUUUUUAAAGGACUGCAUUCAGCCCUUGAGUUGAGUUCAGUUGGAUACAGCGUCCUGCUGUAGUAAAUACAACAUGUAUAAUAACUGUUUAAUUUACGUAAUCCAGAACUACAUUGCCCAGCUGCUUUAGGAAAUUGGGUUUUUUGUGCAACUGUAUAUACCCUUUAUGACUUACAUAGCCAUGUGCAGAGCUACACAUAGGCUAGAUAUGUCAGAAAUUAUUGAGACAGACCAACACAUUGUAGGUUUUGAGUCUUUAAUGGACUUUAUAUUCGGUCACCUAUUGUAUUGGAUGCACUAGUCAAAAACAGACCUAAAACUGAUUCUCUUAACGGAGAUCCAGAAACCCCAAUAAGAAUGACAAUGAUAAUAACAUUAAUGAUUACAUUUCCCAUCAGAGUCACAGGUUACAUGUACUGGAUUGGGGAUUUUAUCACCCACUCUCAUAAUGGGAGAGGAGAUAUCCAUAAAAUCCUCAAAACAGGCAUAGUUUUGCAUAAUUUGUGAGAAGUUAAGUGACAUCUCACUGCAAAUUCAUAGAAAGUUUCUCAGAAACACCUCUGUAAUUUGGCACUAAUCAAAGGUCUGCAAUUUGUGAAUGAUGAUGUACUGAGAGCCUUUUAGUCAGUGCUCAGCUGAGCAUGCAAAAGUAUGAAACAUGUCUAAUGGAUAACAUACAAUUCAACAUGGAGAACAAUGUUUCAUAACAACAUUUGAAUAUUGACUUGAAUUAAAAAUGGAGCAAGGAAUUCAUCUGAAAAUGAACAACCUUUUUAUAUACUUAGUAUGACUAGCUCAACUCCAUUAACAGUAUUUUUCCAGAAAUUAGGACCAAAUUACAUUUUCUUUACUGGACGCAUCCUCGUUUUUAGGGCCAGGCAAUGCAGCCCUAAAAUAAUAUCCCACUAUCUUUAGGUAAUAAAAAUUUUACUUUAAUAUAGCCUUUAAAACCAGGAAAAGAAAACACUCACAGUAAUUAUAGUAUAACCAUAUCCAAAUGACAAUAUAUAGUUUCUUAUCCUGAUAAUGAUACCAUAUCAAAAUAUUGCCUAGUCCUACUCUUGAACCCACUGCGAAACCUCACCACAGUUAUCACGCACAGAAAAUUGUUUCACUGAAACUUUGAGCAACAAAACCAAGAUUCCAUUCAUCUCUAUUCUACUGAGUGGAUGCAGAAAGCUGUAUGUUUAUCCUAAAAACCUGCAUAAAUAAAACCAAAAAUGUCUGCAUGGAUAGAUACUGUACAAUGAGAGGGACAGUACAUGAGAAAAUGCUUUUUGUCAUUCGGUUGAACUGACCCUUUAACUUGCUUUCCCGUCUUGUGACUUCAUGUAACACCCUAUUCCAUGCUGCUAACUAAGAAUACAAUUUAAGUGUGUACUUGACUCGACAUAGUCAUGAUUCUCACCUGAGGUUCUAGGACAAAAACAAGAAAAAAAAAAAUAAAAACUGUUUCUGUGUGAAUAAUUUUUGCUACAAAAGAAUAUAAAAUAUUGAU